CAGCGCCGCGUCUCAGGGCUGCUGCGGGCUCCAGGGGAGCUUGUGGCCUCAAUGUCCUUACCCCGGUGUGCCCUGUUGUGGGCUCGGUUGCCGACGGGGCCGCAGGCUGGUUACCGGGCAGCUGUCUGCUCUGCCCUUCGAUCUCAUAUUGGACCCUUUCCUGGGACCCUCGGGCGCAUCCCAGCCGCUGCCGCGUCCUCCUCUGCCUCGGGUGGUUCCAAAGCCCCGAACACAUCCUUGUUCGUACCCCUGCCUGUGAAACCCCAGGGACCCAGCGCGGAUGGCGACGUGGGAGCCGAGCUUACUCGGCCUCUUGACAAAGAUGAAGUUAAAAAGAUCUUAGACAAGUUUUACAAGAGAAAAGAAAUUCACAAGCUGAGUGCUGAUUAUGGACUUGAUGCUCGUCUCUUCCACCAAGCUUUUAUAAGCUUUCGAAAUUACAUUAUGCAGUCUCACUCUCUGGAUGUGGACAUUCACAUUGUUUUGAAUGAUAUCUGUUUCAGUGCAGCUCAUGUGGAUGAUUUAUUUCCAUUUUUCUUGAGACAUGCAAAGCAGAUAUUUCCUGUGUUGGAAUGUAAGGAUGAUCUACGUAAAAUCAGUGACUUACGGAUACCUCCAAACUGGUACUCAGAAGCCAGAGCCAUACGGCGAAAGAUAAUCUUCCAUUCUGGCCCCACCAAUAGUGGGAAGACUUACCAUGCGAUCCAGAAAUACCUGUCAGCAAAAUCUGGAGUGUACUGUGGUCCUUUAAAACUGCUCGCACACGAGAUCUACGAAAAGAGUAAUGCUGCUGGAGUACCAUGUGACUUGGUAACAGGCGAAGAGCGGCUGACUGUGGAUCCAGAUGGGAAGCAGGCUGCCCAUGUUGCUUGUACUGUUGAGAUGUGCAGUGUCAUAACUCCUUAUGAAGUGGCUGUAAUUGACGAAAUUCAAAUGAUUAAAGAUCCAGCUAGAGGAUGGGCCUGGACCAGAGCGCUUCUAGGACUCUGUGCUAAAGAAGUCCAUUUGUGUGGAGAAUCUGCUGCUAUCGACCUGGUGACUGAGCUCAUGUACACGACUGGGGAGGAAGUGGAGGUUCGAAACUAUGACAGGCUCACCCCUAUUUCUGUUCUGGAUCGUGCAUUAGAGUCUUUAGAUAAUCUUCGGCCAGGGGACUGCAUUGUCUGUUUCAGCAAGAAUGAUAUUUAUUCUGUGAGUCGACAGAUUGAAAUUCGGGGGUUGGAAUCAGCUGUUAUAUAUGGCAGUCUCCCACCAGGGACCAAACUUGCCCAAGCGAAAAAGUUUAAUGAUCCUGAUGAUCCCUGUAAAAUCCUAGUAGCCACAGAUGCAAUUGGCAUGGGACUUAAUUUGAGCAUAAGAAGAAUUAUUUUUUACUCCCUUAUAAAGCCCAGUGUCAAUGAAAAAGGAGAGAAAGAAAUGGAACCAAUCACCACCUCGCAGGCCCUGCAGAUUGCCGGCAGAGCUGGUAGAUUCAGCUCAAAAUUUAAAGGAGGAGAGGUUACAACAAUGCAUCGUGAAGACCUUAAUUUAUUAAAGGACAUUUUGAAUAGGCCUGUGGAACCUAUCAGGGCAGCUGGUCUUCAUCCAACUGCUGAACAGAUUGAAAUGUUUGCCUACCAUCUACCUGAUACAACACUGUCUAAUCUCAUUGAUAUUUUUGUUGACUUUUCACAAGUUGAUGGGCAGUAUUUUGUCUGCAAUAUGGAUGAUUUUAAAUUUUCAGCAGAAUUGAUCCAGCAUAUCCCGUUAAGUCUCCGGGUGAGAUAUGUGUUCUGCACAGCGCCUAUUAAUAAGAAGCAGCCUUUUGUUUGCUCUUCAUUGUUACAGUUUGCCAGACAGUAUAGCAGGAAUGAACCCCUGACCUUUGGAUGGCUGCGUCGGUACAUUAAAUGGCCUUUACUGCCACCUAAAAACAUUAAAGAUCUGAUGGAUCUUGAGGCUGUCCAUGACGUCUUGGAUCUCUACCUCUGGCUAAGCUAUCGGUUUAUGGAUAUGUUUCCGGAUGCCAGCUUUAUUAGAAACCUCCAGAAAGAGCUCGAUGGCAUUAUCCAAGAUGGCGUACACAACAUCACCAAACUCAUCAAAAUUUCCGAAACACAUAAGCUGCUGCAGUUGGAGAGUUUGUCAGCAGGGAGCCAGUCCCGUUUGUCAGGAAACUUAAAAGGCCAAAUUAGAAGGACUCACGGCACCAGAACUCAAGGGAGUAAAGCUGCUGAGCUUAAAGACCCAGCGGCAGGAGGGAGCUCGCUGGCUUCCAGGUUGGUGCAGCAGGGACUCCUCACUCCGGACAUGCUGAAGCAGCUGGAGAAAGAGUGGCUGACGCAGCAGACAGAGCAUGGCAAGGACAGGACAGAGUCCUGGAGUAAUGCAAAAGGGACAAGGCGAAAGAAGAAGGAGCCUGACUCGGACUAGUUUUUCUGAUUUUAUUGAUUUUUUUUUUUUUUUUGCAAAUAAAAACCUGCUUAGAA